UCUCACCGCCGCCAGCACAAUGGCCCCCGACGCCAUCAAGCUCGGGACGGUGGUGCUGGCGCGUCGUGGUGGCCCCGGUGGUGGCGGAGCUCCACAUGGCGAUCCAGGGCCAUGGGAACCCCUCGACGCUGCCUUCCUCGAAGACACGGACUGGCCGGAAUCGGAAGCGGACACCGUCGCCCUGCUCCUCGGCUUGCUCCACGACCUAACACUUGGCGCUUACCUCGAGCAGCGCGCCACUCCCAGCGGUACUAUCAUCCGUGUGUCCGUUUUGCCCAACGAUAACGGACGGUGGCGCGCCGGCGGGGCAAGAACCAAGCGCUUGAAAGCACUCUUCAAGCUACUCGACCGCGGAUGGGACGGUGGCGAGGGCCGGCUCCUCGCGACCUCUGAAGAGGAAGUAGGCGUGGGGAUGCAGGCUCUCUACGCACUUAUCGAGUCCCCGCCCGAGCCGGCGUUCGGCGAGCCAGAGUUCAUCGGCGACCAAGAGGCGUUCGAUGGCCUCGCGGGGUACGAGAACCCGCCGGGCGUCCAGACCAUGAUGUACAAGUAUCAGAUUGUGAGUGGGUCCGUUGCAUACGGGGCUGACGUCCAGCGGUCGGUGGCGCGCAUGCUCCAGAUGGAGACAAACCCGGCGACCAUGGUGUCGACGGCCUACUCGUCUUUCAUGGAGCAACUCACAGGCCAGAACUACUACGUUAACCUCAGCACCAUGGACAUACGCCGCUAUCCCGAACGCUUCCCGCUAUCCCGCGGAGGCAUCUUGUGUGAACAAAUGGGUGUGGGCAAGACGCUCAUGUGCCUUGCGCUGGUCCUCGCUUCGCGGCACCAGGCUACCCUCCCGCCGCCCGGGGCCACUGACAUCUCCGAAGUAGUCACGGAUGUGGCGGUGAAGACUUAUUCGACCGCCUCUAUGGCUGCCCUGCGACUCGAGCUGGACGCCGAUGACGACGAGUUGGCCGGGACGCCGUCACUGAGCUCCAUGUGCGCCGAUAUCAUCGUCCAGUCCAACCCUGCCGCUGGGUGGACGCGCGACCUGCCCAUAUCCCCCGUGGCGCAGAACCUCCUCAACAACAGGAAGUGCAUGUACUUUCGCUUUCCGCCACCCGCACGCCUUCCACGCGGAGCGAAGCGGGUUCCGUACCGCCCUGCCGAGCCCUUCGUCCUCGCUCCCACAACCCUCAUUGUCGUGCCCCCGAUCUUGGUGCCGCAGUGGGUGCAGGAGGCGGAGUCGCACCUACAGGAAGGGGCUCUGAGGAUUUUGGUCAUUAAAGAGGGUAAGGAGCCCCUGCCACCGAUGGAAGAGCUGGUCCAGCAUGAUAUUGUGCUCAUGAGUCUGGACCGAUUCCGACGCGAGGGACACCGUGAUCCCGACGCUCUCCUGUCGACUGAGUUGUUACGAGCUCGCUGGAAGCGGAUCAUCUUGGACGAGGGAAACAUUGCGAACAACACCAAGAGCGACGCCAUGACACUUGCAGAGACUUUAAGCAUAGAGAGGAGGUGGAUCGUUAGUGGAACCCCGACAACACAUCUGAAACAGGGUACGGAAGUUGUCACACAAUCUUUCCUCGAGUCGGAGGGAUUGACCUCGCCAACAAAGACCAAAUCGGCACAAAAGACGAAAAAAUGGUCCAAGGCCGACCUCGACGAUGUCACCCGCCUGGGUAACAUGCUCAAGGGCUUCUUAGCUGCAGAAGUUUUCCAGAGUGAAAACUUUGCCCGACUGGUGACGAGUCCACUCCGAAGUAUUGAUGGCCCGAUAUACGGCGCAGUCGACAGGAUACGCACGAUCAUGUCUGCCGUCAUGGUCAAGCACCGACCUGGCAUUAUCGACGAGGAAGUGGCCCUCCCACCUUCCACAUUAACUGCCGAAAAGGUCCACUUUACCAACUGGCAGCGGUUAACCUACAAUGCGCUUACUGCCCUUGUGGCAAGUAACGUGUACACCUCGGGCUUCGAGGACGCCGACUACUUCCUUCAUCCUCGUAACACCGAGGCCUUCAACCAGGUCGUGGCAAACCUGCAUCUCGCCUGUUUCUGGUUCAGCUCGGCCGAUAUGGACAUUGAAGGAGCACUAGAACGUUCCGAUAAGCACUUGGAGAAGAAGGGCCACAAGUUGAACGAAAAGCAACGGCAAGGUGUCAUCGAAGCCAUCAGCUACAUGCGACAGGCGCUGGAAGCGCCAGGCUGGGCCGAGUGGUUUCAACACGCUGUCGUGUCGAUACCUUAUGACGGCAGUGGCCUUCCUGCUUCAAUCCUGGACGCCUGGUCCGAGAGCCCAGACGGAUCGCCGACUACAAUCGACGCACAUGCCCUGAGGCUCCUUCGCGGCCUUAACAAACGAGGGGCAGAUGUCGCGGGUCUUUGCCGAGAGGGAUGGGAGGAGCGAGGGAAACGGCCUUAUGCGGACGAAUACGCCAAGGCAAUGGAGAAGGCGGAGAAGAAGUGGCGCGCCACGGGCGGCGAAGACGUGUCCCUGCAGACGGCCAGUCUUCCGCACCACCGCAGCGACACCAAAGCUGCAGCCGACAAACCAAAGGCUCCAAGAGUUGUGCGCGUUAAAGCAGGAGGCAAAGAAAAAGCCAAAGACGACGAUGUGAUCGAUGUCCAGCUGAACCUCGCGGCCACCAACGCUGCGCGUGCCGCCGACUUGUCUUCCGUUCUCCCGCGUCCGCUCCCCUCAAUCCUCCGAACCUCAAGCCAGUCGGCCAAGUCCAACUAUGUCAUCCAGUCGGUCACCUCGGCGCCAGAGGACGACAAGUUUGUCAUCUUCGGCACGUUUGAAGAAAUAGCGCAUCUGACCGAGGCGCUCGAUCUUGCGGGAAUCACAUCAGUGUACGCCGGUGCCCACGUCGCCGCCGACGCGAGGAAGAAGGCCUUGAAGGACUUUGCCAAGCCCGAGAUGAGGGUCUGCCUCCUCGAGCUCAAGUUUGCCGCGCGUGGUCUAACUCUCACUCUCGCCAACCGCAUGCUCUUUGUGUCCCCGGUUUGGAGUCUCGACGUGCAGGCGCAGGCUAUCAAGCGUAUCCACCGAAUCGGACAGUCACGCCCCACGCACAUCGAGAUCCUAGUGACGGAGGGGACGUUCGAAGAGGACAUUGUGCGGCGCGAGGCGGCGUCGCGGUCUAGCGACGAGGAAAAGUCGUACUCGCGGGCGUUGAUCGAGAACCCGCGCUACGUCACGGCCGAAGCUGACAAGCGGGAAUACUUCCCCGUGAAACUUGUGCCGGUCGGCAGCGAGCUCACUUCGCCCGAGAAAGAGGAGCUUGCGCGCGCGCUUGGCGCGGUCACACCGCCGAGCAGAACGCCAAACGACACCCCACUCAUCACGCCCGGCACACCGCUCGCUGUGGACGUCGAUGAGAAGCCGGUACUGGGCAAGCGUGGUAUUCGUUUCACUGAGGACGAACCCGCAGGCAGCAGCGGCAAGCGUGCACGCUUUGCUAGCCCAGCCCGUGCGGAGACUACCAAACGCACCCGCUUCGCCAGCCCCGAGCCCACCCAAAAACGAGCCCGCUUUGCGGACUGAUAGAUGUAUCUUUAUUAUAGACGCUGUUGGCAGC